AUGAUCCAGGCCGGGCACGACGGCAGAGGCAGCCGCACCGACAACAGCGGCGGCUCCCCGAGGCUCCAGCACUGCGCUCAGCCUCCCGGCAGCAGCGGCGGCGGCAGCAGCCGGACCAAAGAUGCCAGACACCAGCAGCAGCGGCAUCAUGGAGGGUCCAUGCUGAAGCAGCCGUCGCUCAACGAGCCAGCCGACGUCGUGAGGCGCGCGCUGGACUUCAAGAGCCAAGGCACCCAGUGCUACAAGGACAAGAAGUACCGGGAGGCGAUCGGCAAGUACCACCGCGCUCUGCUGGAGAUCAAGGGGCUGUGCAGGGUGCUGGGGGAUCCGGACACCGGCUCCAAGCCGCCGUCCCCCCUCCUGCCCACCAUCAGCAAGUCCAGCACGCUGACGGAUGAGCAGAAGGGCGCCAUGGAGAACGCAGAGCUGGAGUGUUACAACAGCUUGGCUGCUUGCCUGCUGCAAAUGGAGCUGGUGAACUAUGAGCGAGUGAAGGAAUACUGUCUGAAGGUGCUUUACAAGGAGGGGAAGAACUUCAAGGCUCUGUACCGGUCCGGCGUGGCCUACUACCACCUGGGAGACUUCCAGAAGGCCCUUUACUACCUGAAGGAGUCAAACAAACAGGAACCGUCAGACACCAAUGCCAUCCGCUACAUCCAGCUGACAGAGAUGAAGAUUCGCCGAAAUGCCCAAAGGGAAAAGAAGGAGGCGACAUAAGGACUGUCAGUCUGAUGGCUUCGCAGGCGUCAGUACUUUCAGCCCAACUGUGUGCCACCGAGACCUUACACACCACGAGAGGUGUGAAAACACAUUUGUUUGCUUUUGCCUCGCACAACAUCACGUUGGCAGUUAUGUUAUUGAACUUCAUUGUUGUGUGCUCGAAGCAUUUUAUUUUAUUUUUUUUAAUGUAUAGCACCUGAUGCUGCGUGUCUCUCUCAAAACCGCCAAAUUGAUCCAUUGUCACAAGCCUUUUGUAACCCUUACAAACUGAUGCACUGCCAGUCCAAACAUUGCACAUACAGGCCAACACUUGUGAUAGACACAGGAGCAACAAGUUCCAGCAUGUCCGCAGGCAAGUGUAACUGCAAAAUAGCGCGUGCCCUCGAACAAGAUGUCUCUUGAGUGGAACCGAGUAAAUUAAUUAACAACCACCUGCACACUUUUUUGAAAGUAUCUUUUUUUUUUUAUACUCUAGAUUUUAUCUGAAGUAAAGGUGCUUUCAUUAAGUAGGUUUCUAACUCAUGCUAAUGCAUGAGGGCAAGACCACCAAGAGCACAUGGGUGCUAGUGGAAGAAUGAACUUAAGAGGGAGAUCACAACAUGUAAAUAGGCUGCUUUGUAUGACUCAUGAAAAAUAUAACGGAGCAGCGAUUUGUGUUUAUUGAUGCCAAAACAAAGCACUUCAUUCACAGCAUUACUCUAUUAACAAAUACUGUAUGUUUAUUGUAAAGGUAUGUGUGUAAUAAAUGUCUACUGAUUGAA